CCUCUCUCUGCCCACCCCUUUCUCCCCGUCAUCCUCUCCCACCCCCUGCCCUUGUCCCUGGGGAUGGUUUAUGACCUUCGGGGCCCUGCCUGUUACCGUUGGAAUUGAGCUCUCAACAACAGCUCCCUCCAACCCUGGAUCAGGAGCUUUUGUCCCCCCCCCCCCAUCGUCUUCUUCUCUAACAAUUCUACCCUUUGAUCCGGAAGUGGAAACUCGCUUCCCUAUUUCCGAGGAAGGAGAUGCUGCACGGGUGGGUGGGAUUGGUUCAUAUUUUACACCCUUCUUCUUGAGGUCUUCUGGUGUGCUCCCAGGAGCUCUUAAACCUUGGCCUGAAAGAACUGCCCAGAAGUCCCUUCAAAGCGGUGAUCCCCAGAGCCACCUAAAAUGCAGCUUUUUAAAGGCCCCAGGUUAUGAGGUGCCCAUAAAAUUACGCCCACACCCCGGUGCUUUGGGGGCUCUUAAACCUGACCUAGCUCGGAGAUCCCAGCGUGGCUUAAUCCAGUUUUAACACAGGCCUGUUCUCCUCCUCUCUUUGGAAGUCGGCCUACCUUUCCCCCUAGAUCUUGGCCCUGGUUUUUCCUCUCUGCAGAGGAAUUAAUAAGCGUCCAAAGCGCUGGAGGGCUGGGGUGGAGAAAGAGGCAGAGAAACGGAGGCUGGGAGGGAGGAAGGGAGAGGAACCAGUGGGGCAGACUGGACUGCUUGUUGUGUGGGACUCUCUGCCUCUCCGUCCGCUUCUCCUUUCCGCCUCGGGAAAGCUCCCUGUGCCUUGCCCUGGACUCCGGCCCUUGUGAGUGAGUGAGUGUGUCUGAGUGAGUGUGUGCCAGCAAGCGAGUGUGUGCCUAAUAGGAAAUAGUAAAAGCAGCGAGGCAGGUCAGAGAUCUCAGCUGGCGGGCCAGUCAAGCAGCGCCUCCGCAGAAGCAGCCAGGAGUAAAGUGGGAGUAAGGGCAGAGUUGCAGCAGGAGCAGCAGCAGGGCCUCGGCGGCUGCUGCCUCGGCGCCUCCGCCUGCCCGCCCAUGAGCUCCUACUUCGUCAACCCGCUCUACUCCAAGUACAAGGCGGCGGCGGUGGCGGCGGGGGGAGGAGGGGGCGAGCCGGCCAUCAAUCCCGCUUACUACGAGUGUCACUUCGCGCCCGCCGCCGCCGCCCUCCUCUACGGCAACAGCGCCUUCCCCGGACCGGGCGGCAGCAGCGGGCCGGAAUACUACCACCAGCACCACCAGCACCCGCCCGGCAGCAGCCCCUCCGCCUACAACCAGUCGCUGGGUCCUCCUCCUCUGCCUCCUCCUCCGCCUCCGUCCCAGGCCUCCUGCGCCGCCGUCCUGCCUUGUCCCGGGGAGCCGGCCAAGUUUUACGGAUACGAUAACUUACAGAGACAGCCGGUUUUUACGACGCACCAAGAGGCCGAGCUGGUCCAGUAUCCUGACUGUAAAUCGUCCAGUGCUAAUCUUGGCGAGGACCCAGAGCUCUUAAAUCAUGGCGCGUCUCCGGCUCCGAUGUUUCCCUGGAUGAGACCACAAGCAGCUCCCGGUAGGCGGAGAGGAAGGCAAACCUACAGCCGCUUCCAGACGCUGGAGCUGGAAAAGGAGUUCCUUUUUAACCCCUACUUGACUAGGAAGCGAAGGAUCGAGGUCUCCCACGGGCUAGGACUCACCGAGAGGCAGGUCAAGAUCUGGUUUCAGAACCGGAGGAUGAAAUGGAAAAAAGAGAACAACAAGGACAAAUUCCCCUCUGCCAGGCAAGAGGGGAAAGAAGGAGAGGACGCCGAAAAGGAAGCCCAGGAGGAAGUGGAAGGGAGAAUGGAAGACCCAACGGAUUGAGGUUCUCCUGGCUUCUCCCUCUUCCUUCCGCCAACCUUGGCCAAAGACAAUGAAUAAGGGGGGGGGGGUCUCCCCCACUUCCACUACUCAGGCACCUUUGCUGCAAGGGCCCUGCCUUGCUUCUUAAGCUACCUGUGUUAGAGUUUUAUUUUAUUUGUCCCUGCACCGGGUACCCAAUGGGGAGUCCCACGUGGCGGCUGCUGAUUCUGCACCUGUCCCCACCCUCACCCCAACUCUGCCCUUCACCUGAAGUUUGAUCCCGAGGGUGAAAAAAAUCAAGGGAUUUUCUAC